AUAGUCAUUGAUGUAGGUAUUUUGUUUUCACAUUUUAUUGGUAAUAGAAAACUAUUUGGUCAUUUGAUGUUUUUCAGUGUAUAAGGCGAACUUUACAAUCUGGUGUGUCCAAAAGCAAUAAAAAAGCAUUUUUAUUCAUGUUUGGAAUAAAUUAUUAAACGAAUAUUGAUCAAGCGUGCUGGAUGAUUCUGAGAUUCAAUAUGCAGCUAAGGGAAUUAUUUACUGAACGCACUUCAGUAUUGGCGAAACUAAAAACAAAAUGAUUUAAAUUAACUGAUAAUUAUUAUCACAUCUUACAAAUAGCCCCAAUGCUAAAUUGCCACUUCAAUCUGAUAAAAUGUUCAACAUUGUUCGAUUAUUAGUAGUAUUCCGGAUAAUACAGUCGGUUUAGAAUGCAUUUAACCGGUAAAGUAUGGCUGCAAUUAGUGAUAAUAGUGAAUGUAGUGGUUGCAAUGGACGCAGCAAAAAUUCUGUUUUUAUCUUGUACGCCCGCCCGCAGUCACCAAAAACCGUUUCAGGUGGUGUGGAGAGCUUUAUCUCAAAGAGGACACGAUGUGCAUGUUCUCACACCAAAUCCUUUGAAUGAUCCAACUUUAAACAAUUUAACUGAAUAUGACCUGAGUGAUUUCUACGAAGAUCUCAAAGCUAUGAAAAAUGACGAUAUUCAAUACUUCCUUCAUAGGCCCACAUUUUUUUCAUCCUUUGUCAAAGAUGUAGUCGCAACAAAAAUGUUUUCUCGACUUUAUAAUAAGACCAUAAAUCAUCAAGAGACUAGAAGACUGUUACGAGAAAAUGAUCGUUUUGAUGCGGUUAUAGUGGAAUGGAUAUUUCCCACUUUGGCAUCGAUCGGUGCAUACUAUAAGGCUCCAAUUAUAGGAAUAACCUCCCUUGGUGCACCUUUAGUGGCCCUGGAUAGUUUAGGGAACCCGUCACAUCCCCUCGUAGCACCCGAAAUGAAUCUACCUUUGAAACGGGACCUUUCCAUUAAGGAGCGAUUAUUGUCUGUAUUAUAUGCUUUCUAUGUUAGACUUUAUUAUUGGGUGGUAGUUUUGCCCAGAGAGGAUGAGAACGUAAAAAAACAUCUAAGUAGCGAGCUGCCAUACAUUGGUGAUAUAGCAAAAAGCCUCAGUUUGCUUCUAAUGAAUAGAAAUCCAGUUUUCCAUCGGGUAGUGCCACUGAAUCCAAACACCAUCGACUUGGGGGGAAUAUCAGUUUUAUCGCCUGCAACGUCUUUGGAUUCAGAGUUGAAAGUAUUCAUAGAAAAAUCGUCAAAAGGUGUAAUAUACUUUAGCCUGGGAAGUCUGGUGCAAUCAGUCUUUCUUCCUCCCAAAACAAUCGAAACAAUCCAAAAUGUAUUCAAAAGUCUUCCGUACUCGUUUGUUUGGAAAUGGGAAAAUAGCUCAAUGAUCAACCAGCCUACAAAUGUAUAUAUCAGCAACUGGAUCCCGCAAACCGCUCUUUUAGAACAUCCAAAUGUGAAGCUUUUCAUUACUCAAGGAGGUUUACAGUCAACUGAAGAGGCAAUUGCAGCUCAUAAACCUAUAAUUGGUAUUCCGUUUCAUUCUGAUCAAACCACCAAUGUAGACACUUGCGCUAUGUACGGAAUGGGAAAAUUACUAGACAUGGAAGACAUCACAAUAGAAACUUUAAGAAGUUAUAUUUUAGAAAUUGUAAAUAACCCCAGGUAUGCUGAAAAUGCGAAAAAACUUGAUGAGCUUAUGAAAGAUCAACCCCAGGACGGUUUGGACAAAGCUAUCUGGUGGAUAGAAUAUGUCAUUCGUCAUAAAGGAGCAAAGCAUUUGCGAAGCAUUGCUGUCGACUUGCCUUGGUGGCAAUAUUUUCUGCUAGAUGUUUUCGGAUUUAUAUUUACAGUUCUUCUCAUAUUUCUACUGAGCGUACGGUUCACAUUAAAGUUGGUGUUUAGAUUAAUAAGCUAUAUAAGAAAACCGAAAGAAAAAUCCAUGAAAAAAAAGAAGCAGUAAGAAAUAGGACAGCUGAAGGACAUUGCAAAUCGAAGAAGGAACUAUUCGUAUAUAUAAUUUGUUACCAGGACCUAACUCGGUCUUUUUGUUGUCAUUAACAGGAAAUUUUUCAGAUAUGUUUGAAGCUAUCAAAAGUAAUUUAUUUAACAUAGUGGAGUUACCAAUGGAACACCUUCCCUAAAAUACGGGAACACUACUUUUCUGUAUCUAUGCGUAUUUAUAUAUUUUAUGCUUGGGGCAAAAAUAUGGCAGGGGGUCGUAUUUGUAAUGGCAGGAAGUCGAUUAUAGGUAUGGGAAGUCGGUAUUGUUGCUGUGGACUUUUUUAUGACGAUUAAGAAUUAGAUCGGAAUUAAUUGCAGAUACAGGUGUUAAGUCAAGUGCAAUUUAAAUAACUGUGAUUUGCUAAAUUGAGGUUUUCUAUUAUGUCUAGUUUACUUUAUGUAAUAUUGGAAUAUAUUUGAAUUGAUUUGACUACUCA